UCCCUUCCCCCUCGUCUCCUCCAGAAACAACAAGAGAAAAGGGGUUUUAGUCUGACAUCGAUCUAAACCUCAUCAUCAUCGUCUUCUUCUUCUUCUUCUGCGUUAAGGCGAUUAAGACGCCGGCGAUUCGUUGUUCCCCUGCAAUUAUGUUCAAAAAGUUCUCCUCAGAAGAUGUAUCUGCGCAAAAUCAAGUCAAGGCAUCUGUACAACGUAAAAUACGUCAAAGUAUUGCAGAAGAGUAUCCAGGAUUAGAGCCAGUCUUGGAUGAUUUGCUUCCCAAGAAGUCUCCACUCAUUGUUGCCAAAUGUCAGAACCAUCUGAAUUUGGUUCUGGUGAACAAUGUGCCUCUCUUUUUCAACAUCCGUGAUGGUCCUUACAUGCCAACCCUACGACUUCUGCAUCAAUAUCCAAACAUAAUGAAGAAAUUACAAGUAGACAGGGGUGCAAUAAGAUUUGUUCUUGCUGGUGCAAACAUUAUGUGUCCUGGCCUUACCUCUCCUGGAGGUGCUUUGGAUGAUCAAGUUGGUGCAGAGACUCCUGUGGUCAUUAUGGCGGAAGGCAAGCAACAUGCUCUUGCGAUAGGCUUUACAAAAAUGUCGGCUAAAGACAUUCGGGCUAUAAACAAGGGCAUUGGAGUGGAUAACAUGCAUUAUCUUAACGAUGGUCUUUGGAAGAUGGAACGUUUAGAUUGAUGAUGAAGCUUCAGAGUAUACAUUCCAGACGAUGGUGUUAAUCCAAAUCUCACGACUUUGUGAAGGGUUUUAUUUGUACUUUCUUUCCCCUUUUGCUGUUCAAUUACGAGUCACGAGGUCACAUGUUUCUCCAUCAGGCUGGCUCUUUUCUUCAUUGCACGAGGUUUAUGGUCAGUCGGCUGUACAGAUGCAUCCCUCAUUAAUCAUUAUGUAUCUGGCGUUGAAUUCUGAUACAAGUUGACAUGUUGCAUUCGACUCUCGAAGCGGGAUGGUGGGUUCUAACUUGACCAGCUUCUAGGGCAGAUUCAUUUUUGGUUCUCUGACCUUGAAAUGGAUGAGGGACUCUGUAGAAUGAAGCUCUCAUGUUCUAUCCA